AUGUCAAAACGAACACUGGAAACUCUUUAUGAGGAUGAUGAGAUUUCCAUUGUUGCUCAACCUCCUCCGAUCAAGGAAAUUAAAUUAUCAUCAAAUAUUAAAACCAAAUUCCAAGAACUUCCCGACGAAUUAAUUAAAUUAAUAUUAAAUUUCAUACCGGACCAAUAUAUUAUUGCCUCCACUUGUAGAAUAUCCAAAGAAUGGUAUGAAAUCUGUUCGAAUGGUUCUCUCCAAUUCCGACUCGAUUAUUCAAUAAGAAGGAUCAAGAGAUUGGAUUUGGUAAAAUUAUGUGAUUGUCCAAUGAUGAGAAAUUUAGUUUAUUUAAAUUUGAAUAAUAAUCAAUUGCCACAACGAUAUGUUGCAAUGAUUGGAGGGAGCGAAUAUUUGACUAAUUUGGAAGAAUUGGAAUUGAACAAGUCAAAACUAAAGUUUAAAGCUGUGAGCUCCUUGGUGAAGAGCAAAUUUGCAAAAACUAUCAAAAAGAUUUCAUUUGAUAGUUUUAUAACAAUGAAUCCAGAUUUGCUAAUUAAAUGUGUUGAGGAUACUGUGGAAUCAACUGGAAAUUUGUUUUGGUAUUACUUUCUUGCUGGAUAUUUUGAGAAUGUUGAUUGCGCAGAAUUGUCAGAGGAAUAUUUGAGGAAAUCAGCAAAUCUUGGUUAUGUACAAUCACAGAUUGAGUAUGGUCUUUUAAAAGUAAAAGAUAAUCAAGAAGAAGCUCUGAUAUGGUUAAAAAAGGCAGCAGAAUUUGGAGAUUCCAAUGCUCAGAUAUAUCUUUCUGAAUUAUAUGGAAAUAGAGGAGAAAAUGAGUUAUCUUUCAAGUGGCUAUUGACAGCUGCAGAACAAGGUAAUACUAAAGCGUUCUAUAAUUUGGGGUUUUAUUAUAGAGAGGGCACUGGUGUGAAGAUGGAUUAUGAGAAGGCACUCCACUGGUUUUUGAAAGCUGAGGAACAUGGCGAUCUCAAUGCCAUUUGUGUUAUCGGUCACAUGUAUGGUAUAGGACAGGGAGUAGAAGUGAAUGAAGAAAAAUCAACAGAGCUUACCUUAAGAGCUGCCAUGCGGGGAGACUCUUCCUCGCAGUACAAUUUGGGUGUUAAAUAUUAUCAUGGCACUGGGACAGAAAGAGAUUUGGAAAAGUCAUUCAAUUGGUUUCUCAAUGCUGCUAAUGCUGACGAACCACUCGCUCAAAAAAGGGUAGGUUGCAUGUUUUCUUCAGGGGAAGGUGUUGAGCAAGAUAUAGAUCGAGCCAUGUUUUGGCUUAAAGAGGCGUGUGAUCAAGGAGAUCAUUCAUGUACCAUUCUCUUUGGAAUUAUGCACUACUUUGGAUUACAUGAUUGUGAACUAGAUUUGGAAAAAAGUAGGCAAUUUUUGGGAAAAUUAGGCACUCAAUUCGAUGACAGAUUUCUCAGUAAGGUAAAUUCAAGCUGUUGUUGCAAUGAAUGUUUUGUGGAAGAUUUUAAUGGAUUUAACUAUGAAUGUGCUAAUUUAUCAUGUGAUUUUGAUUUAUGCCAACGAUGUUACGAGAAUGGAGCUAAAUGCAACAAAUGUGGAAACUCAAAAUUUGCCAAACACCACGCUUUACAACUUUUUGUUCCUUUGCUAAAGCAGUUAAAUGAAAAACCAAAGCACACAAAAUUGGAAACAUUGAUCAAACUCCUUGAAUAA